CUGACGUACAUGUGAAGAAGUAACAAGAAGCGUCUUGUUCAAUGUGUCAAGCUCGGGCGCUGAUUGGUGUUGCUGUGCGGUAUCCGGGCAACAUAUCUUUGGCCGGUAUUUUCCCGAGCUUGUUAUGAUACUCAACUCUGAGCACUGCAGCAUGAUCUGUGCGUUAUUUACACCUAGAUAUUCUUUGCGCCGACACGUCUUAGCCAGCAGAUCUUACGUCUAAUUGUUGAAGUACCACGUAUUACUCUUCCCAUCGAAAUGGCCCUCGACGGCCUUUUUUCUGCACGUCGCCCGCGAGAGACCCUUGGUGCAGUCUCUCAAAACGCAAAUUCGUCGAUACCAAUGCCUGCAUCCGCAAUGAAACGGUCCAAUUCCAAUUCUAAUCUCCAACAGCCGCCAUUUACUGGAGCCCACGGGCGCUCGACCUCUGGGUCGCGCAUGUCGCUUGCUCCAGGAAUGCGCCCGAGCCAACCUGUCUUUCAUCGCUCGUCUUCGGGGAAUAAUCUGGCAGAUAUGGGUAUGCAUUCGGUGCAGCGCACUUCGACUGCGAACAUGUUUAGCAGCGCGCCCGGGAGAAAGAGCUUCGCGCCCGGUGGGAAUAUGGUUGCGCAAACACCGGCAUCCGCACAUUCGAUGGAUCAAAGUGCGCAAAGGAGAAGUAGUGUUUUCAAAGCCCGGUCUUCAUCUGGAAUGGGCGCACAAGCCAGCACAGGAACGAGCUUCUUCCAACAGACGGCGGCAAGCUCGGCCGUCACUAUCCAAGAUCCACGAAGAUUGAGAGACGCGAGCGUAAGGCACGAGAUGGCCCACCAAUUGACUGAGUACCUUACGCAAAAUAACUUUGAAAUGGAUAUGAAGUACCAACUGUCACCAAAAGCCAUGACCAGUCCGACACAAAAGGAUUUUAUCAUGAUGUUCCAAUGGCUGUACCGACAAAUAGACCCCAGUUACAGGUUUCAAAAGAAUAUUGAUGCGGAAGUUCCGCCACUAUUGACGCAGAUGAGGUACCCUUUCGCACGGAACAUCUCGAAAUCCUCACUCACAGCGGUGGGCGGCAAUAACUGGUUCACCUUUCUUGGAAUGCUGCACUGGAUGAUGCAACUUGCGCAAAUGAUGCAGCAAUACGCGACCGGUGCGUUCGAUCACGCUUGCGCCGAAGCUGGCUUCGACGUUAGUGGUGACCGAAUUAUCUUUGACUUCCUGAGCGACGCAUACCGGACCUGGUUACAAAUGGACGACGAUGACGAAGAUGACGCGGACAAACUUGUCCAGCCUCAUGUGGAACAGAUGGCUGCGAAAUUCGAACAGGCCAACGAGUAUCACCUGGAGCAGAUGAAGAUGCUUGAAGCCGAGCAUAAAGCGUUACAAGACCAGAUUGACGAGCUCACAAAGGACGGCCCACGUAUGGCCAAGCUCGAGGAACAGAUAAAAGUCCUGGAAGAGGACCGCGUCAAGUUCGAGAAAUACAACAACACGAUGGAGGACAAGGUUGCGCGACACGAGCAGCGCGUGCAGCUCCUCAGCGACGAGAUCGAGAAGACGGAUCGAGAGCUCGAGGAGGUGGAGCGGGAGAGAUCGACGCUGCAGGACAUGGUCGACAAGCAAGGGUUGACCAUUGCUGAUAUCGACAAGAUGAACGCGGAGCGUGAACGACUACAAAAGGGUGUUGAGACGUUCAGCGUCCGGCUUGAAGAGUCUAAGAAACGCCUUGCAGAGAAGGAAAUGGAAGCCAGCACCAAGCUGGAUGAGCUCGAGCUUGUAGUUGAAAAGUACAACGCUCUCGGCUAUCAAAUUGCCGUCAUCCCAUCAACAGCGGCAAACGCCAAAGGACAGGACUAUGAGCUCAUCCUCACCGUCAACGAAGGGCCAGACUUCCGCGGCUCCCAAAUGGGCAGCUCAAAUCCAGGCGCUCCCGAGUCUGAUCGUCUCCUGGCAGAUUCAGGAAACGGGUACCAGGCACACCACCUCCUGAACCUCGACAUCAAGGGAACUGUGCGCAACAACAUCACCCAGCUCCGGAAAGAGAUCCGCGAGCGACGCAACCAAGCCCUGGAAGCCGACAUCGAGAACCACGACAUUCUCGACAAGGUGAAGGAGGCCAUGGACGAACGACAAGCCGAGGUCGAAACGCUGGGCCACAAAGUGCGCGCCGCAGAGGAGGAAUUCGAAAAGACCAAGGAGAUAACCCAAGUCCAAAAAAUGAACUCGGACGCCCAAAUCGAACGCAUGGAAAAGGAACUCGCCAAGAUGCGCGCCGGCCUCGGCGAAUCCCUCCAGCUCAUGGAGCAGCGCGAGAUGAACACCAACAUUGCCUACGAGCAGCUUACCCUGCGCGCUGCUGCGCUGCGCGAGGAACUCCACACCGAGAUCGAGCGCAUGCUUAAUGAUGUUAUUCGGUUUAAAGUCCAUGUGCAGAAGAGUCUGGAGGAUCAUGAGUCGUUUAUUGCGGAGCAGGUUAGUGCGGAGUUGGAGGAGCAGGAUUUGCUGGAGGGGGUGGGGGGGGAUGGUUUGGAGGGUGGUGGGGAGGGGGAGGGGGAUGAGUAG